CCCUUGCCUCGCUUCAAACACGUCAAGCAAUGUUCCUUCUCCGCCGACUGGCCUUGUCUACCCUGACGAACCGCAGAUUGUUCGCUUCCGGUCGGGUCAUCUGCCCACCGGAAGACCCGGCACAGCCCGAUGGAAGCAAAUCGGAGAACCUGGCCGCACCGCAAAUCAACGCCCUCGUGCAGGGUGCCAUCAACGAGCAAAUCAACUCGGAACUGUUCGCCAGCCACACUUACCUUUCGAUGAGCUAUUUUUUCGCCCGUUCCGGCGUCGGUUUGAUGGGGUUUUUCGGACUCUACCGCAGCAUGUCCCAGGAGGAGCAAUCCCACGCGGACGCACUCGCCAAGUACCUGCUGAAGCGAAACGGAGCCGUUGAGCUGAACACGAUCAAGAAGCCGGCCACGUGCAGCUGGGCCAACAUCGGGACAACGCUGAACGAGACGGUCCGCUUGGAGAACUGCGUCUCGGAGUCCCUUUCCGCGCUGUACCGUUUGGCCGAGAAGCACAACGACGUCGUUACGACCGAAUUUAUCGUUACGGAGUUUCUCAACGAGCAAAUCGAGUCGAUUCGCGAGGUUAAUCUGUUGAUCGCCCGGUGGAGAACCCUGGAGAAGACCCCGAACGGGGUGUACCUGUUGAACCGGGAGUUGGAGCACAAAUUUAAAGCCUAAACGGAGUUUUUUUUUGCUACUUAAAACACGUGAUUACCUUUAUUGGGAAAUAGAUUUUGGGUUAAAACACA